CCCCGCCCCCCCGGCACACACUGCGCACAGCUCCGAGAUCGGAACCCCCGGAACCCCGAGAACCGUACCCAUCCGGGCCACUGCGGACUAACUAUCGAUCCGAGCCGAUCCGAGCCGAGCCACGGAGAUUCGGAAGCGCUCGGUCCGUCGGAGGGAAUGUCCCGGCUGCUGGAGAGCAGGAGACAGGACAGGAUGAAGGAAAUCAACCUCAAGAAUAAGGAGAAGGUGCGUCUGAAGGAGCGGGAGAAGGAGGCGAGAGAGCGAGAGGCUCGCCAUAGCAACGGUCACCUGUUCACGUCUCUGACGGUGUCAUCGACCACGCUGUGUUCCUCCUGCAACCGCAGCAUCACGGCCAAGGAGGCGCUCAGCUGCCCAGCCUGUAAUGUCACCAUCCAUAACCGCUGCAGAGACAGUCUGGCCAGCUGUGCCAAGAUGAAACAAAGGCAACAGAAGUUGGCUAUUGUCAGGAACAGUUCAGCUCUGCAGAACGUCGCCAUGAGAACUAAAACUCCGAUGAUGAAGGAGCGCCCCAGCUCGGCCAUCUAUCCGUCCGACAGCCUGCGCCAGUCUCUGCUCGGCUCGCGCCGCGUUCGCUCCGGCCUCUCGCUCGCCAAGAGCGUCUCCACCAAUAACAUCGCAGGGAUGAGUGAGGACUCUGUGGGUCUAAGGAGGAUUCUGUCCCAGUCCACUGAGUCUCUGAACUUCAGGAGCAGAACCUUGUCCAUGGAGUCUCUGACGGACGACGGUGAGUGGUGGUGGACCCCCCUGCUAGAGGACCUGCAGGUAGAGGGGAGCUGUGUCCAGGCUGACAGCUGGAGUCUGGUGGUGGAGCCGAGCUUCCUGCAGACGCUUCACAAAGACCUCAUCAAGAAACAGGACGUCAUCUACGAGCUGAUCCAGACAGAGUUCCACCACGUGCGUACGCUGCGUAUCAUGGAAGGUGUGUACCGGCGAGGGAUGCUGGAGGAAGUGAUGCUGGAGGCGGCCGUGGUCCACACCAUCUUCCCCUGUCUGGACCAGCUGCUCGAGUGGCACACCACCUUCCUGGCUCACCUGUUCAACCUGCGCAGGGAGGGGCUAACGGAGGGCAGCGAUACCAACUUCACCAUCCGCAGCAUCGGACACCUGCUGCUCACACAGUUUUCAGGGCAGUGUGCAGAGGACAUGAAGAAACUUUAUUCUGAGUUCUGCAGUCGACACCCGAAAGCUGUGAAACUUUACAAAGAAGUUUUAAGUCGAGACCGACGACUGCAGCAGUUUGUCAGACGUGCCUGUCGGGGUCCUCUGCUGCGUCGUCAUGGUGUCCAGGAGUGCAUCCUGCUGGUGACACAGCGACUCACAAAGUACCCCGUCCUCAUCCAACGAAUCCUCGACAACACCAAAGGCAGCGAAGAGGAGGCGCAGGCUCUGAGCCGAGCGCUGGUCCUCCUGAAGGGGCUGAUCAGCUCGGUGGACCAGGAGGUCCUGGAGCUGGACCGGACCAGGAGGCUGCAGGAGAUCCAGGCCCGGCUGGACCCGCGGGCCCAGGCCCAGGUCCAGGGAGGGGGGGUCUUCAGGGGGGGCGAACUGCUGAGGAGGAGACUCCUCCACGAGGGAACGCUGCUGCUGAAACUACAGGGGUCCAGGAUGAAAGAUGUGCAGGUCCUGCUGAUGUCAGACAUCUUGGUUUUCCUUCAGGAGAAAGAUCAGAAGUUCACUUUCCCUUCACUGGACAAGUCUCCCGUGGUGUCCCUGAACAACCUGAUCGUCAGAGACAUAGCCAAUCAGGAGCGAGGGAUGUACCUGAUCUCGGCCUCCACGCCUCCAGAGAUGUACGAGCUGCACGUUUCCUCCAAAGACGACCGGCGCACCUGGAUGAGCCGCAUCCAGCAAGCUGCGCUCAGAUACUGUGUUGUGUGUGUAAUACUAGCUGACAUCCAGCAGAAGGACCGGGAGGUUCUGGAGCUCCUGCAGGAGCGCGUCACGCUGUUCUCAGACCUGGUGGAGGCCACAGGGAGAGGAGGAGGAGAUGGAGGAGAAGAAGAAGAAGAAGAAGAAGAAGAAGGAGGAGGAGGAGGAGGAGGAGAUAUCACUCAGGUGGAUAAACUGAGCGAGCUGCUGCUGAACUCCAACGUCCAGAAAUCCUCCAACGGAAACCCCGAGAUCAGCAACGGUGACUCUGGUUCUCUGAAUGGCUCUUUUGAGUCGACCGGCUCCUCGAAGGACAGAAACGGCAACCAGCUGCAGGAACGGACCUUAAACCAGGAAGUGCGUCAGCGGUUGGUCAGUCUGAGCACGCAGCUUCACGCCCUGCAGGCGGCUGUGAUUCGUCAGGAUUCCAUCCUGGAGCUGUCAUUCAGAGCAGGCCCCGCCCCCACGGCCUCCGAAGGCCCCGCCCCCCGCCUCAGCCGCUCACUGUCGCGGGAUGCGGGGAUGGACGCCAACGGCGAGGCGCUGCUGCUGCGACGGCAGGUGGAGAUGCUGCAGCAGGAAGUGACACGGCUGCAACUGAGGGGGGAGGAGCCAAUCAGAGAGGGGGCGGAGCCCGUAAAAAGGAGGAGGGGCAACGGAGAGCUCAGUGAUGUCAUCAAGGGAGAACAGCAGGUGAACAGGAGGCGAGGCAGCAGGGAGUUGGAGUCCCGCCCCCUCGCUCCAUUGGCCAGUCAAGAUCCCGUCGACCAAUUAGACGGUGUCCAGGAAGGAAAUGAGGAAGAGGAAGUGACUAGGAUCUCUCCUCGCUCCGACAGUCCCAGAGACCUGCAGGACAUCCCAGAGGAGAGUGAGUGUGGAGCGGAUCCCAGUUAACCAAUCAGGAAGUAGAACCAUCACGUCAGCUGGAGCCCCGCCCACAUCGCUGGAGGGGGCGGGGCUUAUGGACUCACCACACUACAUUACCCACAAUGCCUUUGGAUAUCAACAGAUAAACUGUAUUUAAAGUAGUUUAAUGAAAACAUUUCAGAGGUUUUUAAUUUGUGUUUCUGUCUUUUGUGAAACCAAAAAAAAAAACAUUUUUUAAAUUCAGGAACAAAGUUUGUCAGGAAGUGAGAAACGCUGCGUUCACGUGUUCCUGAUCUAAAGUCCGAAAGAACGCAGCGAAAUAUUGCGUUUACUGAAAUGUGACUCAGCUUUUAAAGUUUAGUGUCGAUGAAUAAUAUACUCCAUGUUGUUGGUGUUUUUAAAGAAACAGGAAGCAGUUUGCUGUCUGCUCCUGUCUGUUAGCAUGAUAGCGUGUUAGCAUGAUAGCAUGAUAGCAUCUUAGUAUGUUAACAUGUUAGCAUAUUAGAAUGUUAGCAUCUUAGCAUCUUAGUAUGUUAAUAUGUUAGCAUAUUAGUAUGUUAGCGUGUUAGCGCGUUAUUAUGUUAGCGUGAUAGCAUGUUAGCAUAUUAGGAUGUUAGCGUGAUAGCAUGUUUGCAUAUUAUCAUGUUAGCAUGAUAGCAUGUUAGAGUGAUAGCAUGUUAGCGUGGCUGUAAACCUGAUGGUCUGCAGAGCAGAACUUUAUUGAUGUUUAAAUCACUUUGUUUGCUGCAGAUUUUCCAAAUAUUUCAUGUCAGAUUUUUACCGUGUUGCCAUGGAAACAGAUGUUUAUUACUCUGCUCUCUGGGAGUUUAUUGCUGAGUUUAAAUGAAGAAGAAGUCUCAUUAAAACGACAGCUGUUUAAAUAUAAAACACUGAAAGUUUAUCUGAAUAUUAAUCUCUUAAUAAGAAGCCAAAUUGUGUUAUUUACACAUUUAUAUUCCAUCGUGUUAAAAUCUCUUUUUUACUCCGAUCCUGAAACGGGAUCAGCUGUUUUUAUAUCAUGUGGUCCUUCGACCCGCGGCUGGGUUAGGGUUAGGGGACGUCCAACAUCUGGGACCUUAAAGUUUAACAUCUGGAAUCCAGUUUUUUUAUAUCAGAAAUAUGUCGAAAAAUAAAUAAAAAUUUUUUGGAACCAACGAUGUGAAACAUCUGAAAAUGUUCCACUCCAGGCUGUAGGUGGAGCCAGAGGAGCUGGAUUUAUUCUAAAUGACCUGCUUCAUGUAGUUCUACUGGAACAUAGGCUCAGUUUCAGCUAAUAUGACAGAAAGGUAGUUUUAUAAGACUUACCUACUGCAUCUUUAACGUUUCAUAUCUGGAACCAACGAUGUGAAAAAUCUGAAAAUGUGUAGAAAGGAACAACAGAAGUGUUGUCGUAGUAUUAGUCGACAGGAAGAGAAAGUUUAACAUGAUGACCCAGUUCCCAGAUGCUCCCAGAUGUUCCCAGAUGCUCCAGACUCUAAACUGAUCCGGAGUCAGCAGCGUCGUAUCAUAACGUAGUUUAGAAGACGGUGAACUGAAGUCGUGUCUGUAUAAAGAUUUGAUCAGAAACUGUAAAUGAUUCUCGUUGUAAGUUUAUUGUUUUUGUGUCUCGUUAUAAAUCUAAUCAGCUGGAACAGA